AUGCUGGUCAGCUCUAUCGAAGGAGGUGUGGCCUCUAAGGUGGUCAAUUACGUGGAAGGAGGUACGGCCUCAAAGGUGGUCAGUUAUAUGGAAGGAGGUACGGCCACAAAUGUGGUCAAUUAUAUGGAAGGAGGUGUGGCCUCAAAGGUGGUCAGUUAUAUGGAAGGAGGUGUGGCCUCUAAGGUGGUCAGUUAUAUGGAAGGAGGUGUGGCCUCUAUGCUAGUCAGUUCUAUGGAAGGAGGCAUGGCCUCUAUGCUGGUCAGUUCUAGGGAAGGAGGCGUGGCCUCUAUGCUGGUCAUUUCUAAUGAAGGAGGUGUGACCUCUAUGCUGGUCAGUUCUAGGGAAGGAGGUGUGUCCUCUAUGCUGGUCAGUUCUAGGGAAGGAGGUGUGUCCUCUAAGCUGGUCAGUUCUAGGGAAGAAGGUGUGGCCUCUAUGCUAGUCAGUUCUAUGGAAGGAGGUGUGACCUCUAUGCUGGUCAGUUCUAUGGAAGGAGGUGUGGCCUCUAUGCUAGUCAGUUCUAUGGAAGGAGGUGUGGCCUCUAUGCUAGUCAGUUCUAUGGAAGGAGGUGUGGCCUCUAUGCUAGUCAGUUCUAUGGAAGGAGGUGUGACCUCUAUGCUAGUCAGUUCUAUGGAAGAAGGUGUGGCCUCUAUGCUAGUCAGUUCUAUGGAAGGAGGUGUGGCCGCUAUGCUAGUCAGUUCUAUGGAAGAAGGUGUGACCUCUAUGCUAGUCAGUUCUAUGGAAGGAGGUGUGGCCUCUAUGCUAGUCAGUUCUAUGGAAGGAGGUGUGGCCUCUAUGCUAGUCAGUUCUAUGGAAGGAGAAUUUGUGUUGUUCAAUGGAGGCUCUCUUAGCAAUCCAUAUUUUUUUUACCCUGCUGUGAAUUCAGAUCGAUGCUUUUUCCAUUUUCCUCAGGACCUGCUUUUUCCAAAUCAACCUGCUCAGGCAGGAAGUCGCUUCUCAGUGGCUCAGAAUGGAGAUCUGAGCAUCACUUCAGUACAACGCUCAGACGCAGGCUACUACAUCUGCCAGGCUCUCACAGUGGCUGGCAGCAUACUGGCCAAGGCCCAGCUGGAGGUGUCUGAUGCUCUUAAAGACCGCCCACCACCCAUUAUUCAGCACGGGCCAACAAAUCAGACAGUGGCAGUGGGCAGCCUGGCGGUUCUGGGGUGUAGGGCGUCUGGAGAGCCUGAACCCACGGUCACUUGGCUGAAGGACGGAGCGAGUCUUCUGGCUAAAGAGCCUCGAAUGUCCUUGCUGGAGGCAGGCAGUCUGCAGAUCCAGAACGUUAAGCUCUCAGACUCAGGUCUGUACACCUGCUUGGCCUCCAGCUCAAGUGGAGAGACCUCAUGGAGUGCCUUCUUAGACGUCAGAGAGUCUGCCGAGCUCACGGACUCCGUAUCCCACAACGUCACUGCUCUCCCGGGGCCACCUUCCAAGCCGGAGGUCACUGAUGUCACCAAGAGCACUGUGUCUCUGUCAUGGCGUCCUGGAUCCGAGGAUGCUUCCCUCAUGUCUGCCUAUGUCAUAGAGGCCUUUGGCCAGCUGGUGAGUAACAGCUGGCAGACUGUAGCCGAUCACGUGAAGGACACGCAGUACACAGUCAGAGAGCUCCGACCGAACACCGUCUACGUCUUCAUCAUCAGAGCAGUGAACACGCAGGGGGUGGGAGACCCGAGUGCCAUGUCCGAGCCUGUCCGCACCCAGGACAUCAGUCCAGCUAUGCAGGGUGUCGAUCACCGUCAAGUCCAGAAGGAGCUGGGUGAUGUCAUUGUCACUAUGCACAACCCCAUAGUGCUCAGCUCCACCUCUGUGCGGGUGACAUGGGCGGUUGAGAAACCUUCCCAGUUCAUCCAAGGAUACCGUGUUCUGUACAGGCAAACUUCAGGCCUACCUUCUCCAGGAGCCUGGCAGAUCCAGGACCUAAAGGCUCCACUGGAGCGUGAUGUCACUUUACAUGAACUCAAAAAGGGCGUGGUCUAUGAGAUAAAGGUUCGCCCUUUCUUCAACGAGUUCCAGGGAGCAGACAGCGAAUCCAUCACCGCACGCACUUUGGAAGAAGCCCCCAGUGCUCCUCCACAGCAGGUGACGGUGCUGAUGGUAGGCAGUGAGAACAGCACAUCUAUCAGCAUUUCCUGGGACCCGCCACCCACCGAACACCAGAACGGCAUCAUCCAGGAAUACAAGAUCUGGUGUCUGGGAAACGAAAGCCGCUUCCACGUGAACAAGACGGUGGACGCUGCUAUUCGCUCGGUGGUGGUCGGGGGUCUGCAGGCAGGCGUGCAGUACAGGGUGGAGGUGGCAGCGGGUACCAGCGCAGGCGUCGGGGUGAAGAGCGAGCCACAGCCUAUUGUGAUCGGUGCCGAGUUACAGGAUGUGAUGACCGGAGACGAGGGUGGCGGAAGCAUCACCGAUGUCUUGAAGCAGCCGGCAUUCAUCGCAGGACUUGGGGGCGCGUGCUGGAUCGUUCUCAUGGGCUUCAGCGCUUGGCUCUACUGGAGGAGGAAGAAGAGGAAAGGCCUGAGCAACUACGCAGUGACGUUCCAACAUGGAGACAGAGGCCUGAUGGGAAGUGGAAGUCGUCCUGGUCUGCUGAAAGCCGGUGACCCUGGCCUCCCUUGGCUAGCUGACUCCUGGCCGUCCACCAGCCUGCCUGCCAACAGUGGUCUGGGCGCUUCCAAAGACCUCACUAACUUUGGUCGUGGAGACGUGCUUCCUGCUGGUGCCGGUGAAAAGACGGGCACCAUGCUGUCGGAUGGUGCUAUCUACAGUAGCAUCGACUUCGCUGGCAAGGCGGGCUACAGUAGCCCAGGCAGAGGAAACCAUGCCAGCCCCUAUGCCACCACACAGAUCCUGCAGUCCAACAGCUUCCACGAGCUGGCAGUGGAUCGUCCCGAGCCGCGCUGGAAGGCCUCUCUGCGAACACAGCAUGAAAUGCCCAGCCUGGGCUACUCACUCACGGAAAACCGUUCCUGUGCCAACGGGGGAAAGAACGGGAAAAAGAAGAAGUCGAAAGGAGGGGGGAAAACAGCAAAGCCUAAUGGCUCCUGCUGGGCCAACUUGCCCCUUCCUCCACCACCCAUGAAUCCUUUACCAGGGACAGAGAUGGACCACUAUGCCCCUGAUCAUCGAUCUGAGGGAGGGUAUGAAAGCGACACCUGGGCUCCGCCUCUCCCUGUUCAGUCAUACCUACACCAGGGCAUGGAGGACGAGCUCGAGGAGGAAGAACGAGUACCCACUCCACCCCUGAGGGGCGUGGCUUCAUCUCCAGCAGCUUUGCCCUAUGGCCAGAGUUCCUCUGGCUCAUUGGGGUCCUCGCAUCAUGAGGAAAUGCAGUCUAUGCUCCAGGCCCAUCUGGACGAGCUUACCCGUGCCUACCAGUAUGAGGUGGCCAAGCAAAGCUGGUGAGCAAGAUAUAAAAUCUAUAGACAUUAAAUGUGCAUAUCCACAAAAAAAACGUAUUUAUU